UUCAUCGAGACUCAUUGUUUUGGCUAGCAGAGAACUCUAGAAGCAGCAGCAGGAAGAGAAAUAAAGGUAAAAGCUUUCAGAAUCAUCUCCGCAACGUUGUCGACCUGCAAAAAUGGAGACACCACCAAAAGAUGAAACACAAAACCCUCCUCCGAGACCAGCCAUGGCUUCAUGUAGGAGGAAGGUAAAGGAAGAUGCCACUUUCUUUGAGGACGUCAAAGAUCACAUCGAUGAGUUCAUCCAUGCCUCCAUGGAUGAACACAAGACCUGUUUCCAGAAGACCAUCAGCAAGAUGUUUGGAUUAUCCAAGGCUGUGGCUGAGAAGCAGGCCGAGGGAGGAGUCGAGAGUCAGUUGCCUCUUCAAACGACAGUGUCGGAUUAAAGAGUUUGGUUCCUUCUCAUCCCGUGAGCUUCGAAGAUACCACAUGUCUCUGACGGUGAAUAAUCAAUCUUUUGAGUUUGUGUUAAUUACUCUUGGUAGUUCCCAAAAUAUAUAUAACUUUGGAAAACAGUGAAGCCCUUUGUUAUAUAUAAU